CACACCUGCGAAUGAUAUCGAAAAAAAUGGAACCCCACAAGAUGCUGAAAAAGUUUCUGGGUAAUAAUUUAUCAAUUUGUUUGUUUGUCUUGCAUAUAUACAAACUGACACAACCAUAUAUGUCAUUAUGCCAUUAUGUGUGCAACAACAAAGUAUACUAGACUAUUUCUGAUGACAAAUAUAAGGAAGUAUGAUAUAUCCCAUAACGUUUGUGUGUAAAAACGUUCCUCAAUCUUCUUGUCAAGGGAAACGUGCCUCAGGAUCGAGAUCCCACUUUUUUUUCCAACGAAACUCAAUUAGGCCAAAAAAUAUGUGGGUUUCCAGUGUCCCGACCCUACCUUAGCUUGUGGAUGCCGAAAUCCCGACCCUAGACGUUUUAUUGGUUCAUGCUUGUAAGUGUUUCCACUUAGAGGAAAACGUUUGUGCAAAAUGGGAAUUUUGAGGCAAUAUAAGGGAAAUUUAUCUUUGGACGUGGAAGCACUGACUAAACAAACAUGGCGUCCGGUUGUCAUAUAUGCAUGAAGUCUUAAUAGGAAAAUUAAAAAAAUUUAAAACCGACCUACCCUACCUAAGUUUUUACAAGAAGAAACGGGAAACCCACAUAUUUUUUCCUAUUAAAUGUCUUCAUAUAUUCCAAAUUUGCCUUUGGCGCUCCCGAAGGUUCGACUGUAACUAUAAACAAUAAAGAAACACUUUUUUCCAGCAAAUCGAAAUUAUUAAAUGUAUUUGUUCAUAUUCCAAAUGUGUCUUUAGCGCUCCCGAAGAUUCGACUGUAACUACAAACAAUAAAGAAGCAGAAGGUAUCGCCGAACCAACAGGUUGGUAUACAACAUGAUGUACAAGAAAAAUGGGCCCCAUCUUUUGUGGUUAAGAAUUUUCAGAAAACUUGUUCGUAUAAAAUGAUUCUUAAAUGCACAGUUCGGCCUUUUCAUUAUGGUUUUUAAUGUGAUGUGAGCAUGCGCACAACAUUAACUUGUCCAAAUUCAUUAACUUGUCCAAUUAUUUCAUAUAGGCAGCCCAAUGGCUAGGCGUGUUAAAUAUGGCGAAUAUAUAAAAAACAAAUAGGUUGCCCGAUAUACGGACGACGUCACUCGCUGCAAACUAAUAAGCCUAAGGUUCCUUCCUAAGGUUCGACAAAAAAUCAAAUUAAACAUCGCUAUACCUUAAAACUAUCGAAAAAAACUCGAAAUAUUUAAGAAAUAUACGCUAAAAUAAUAACAAAACUUGAAUCUAUGACCGUUUUACCAGAUUCUUACAAUUGUUUUGCGAUAUCGUGCAUCGAAAUCAUAAAACCAUGCAUGUGUGUUAGGUCAACAUACUACAAACACAUGUGUCGACAAAUUUGAAUAAAUUAUCUCUAAGAGUUGUAAAAGUUUUUUCAGAAAGUAAUUGUGAAAUUUGACGUCAUUGUGAGUAUAAUUUGUGUAUCAAACAUUGUUAAAUAUCUCAAGAAAAAAACAAAGUAAGAUAGCUUUGGAAAAGUAUCUUAUCAGUCAUUUUGAAUUUUCAUCACAAUGCAAUCAUUGAAUAAUGGCGUGUUCUUUCGUUGCAUAAGCCAUAAGAACUUCAAAAAUUAUACCUUUUCUCUCGAAGCUGUGUAUAUUUACUGUCAUGAAAUAACGAGAAAUGUGUAUAUUAACUGUCAUGAAAUAACGAGGUUGGUCUUUACAUUGGACUCGUGUCUUGUUGACCAUAUACCUUCAAUCUUUGUUAUACUUUUCUAUAAUUGUAAAGUUAAUAAAAUAAAAAAUAGAAUAGGUCAUAAUUUUACAAACGUUUUACCAACUACACUCCCAAAAUGGGUCAACGACAAUAAGAAAUGUACAAAUUCACAUUUGAAACCAUCAUUCAAAGGUUAAACUAUGCCUUUAUCCUGCAUGCACCAGCCCCAAAUCACCAUCUAUAAUCAUUCCUCACAUUAAUAGUUCCCGCAACAGAGGCCGCUGUCGACAAACCUCCUUCAGAACCAGCUAGUAUCCAGCCUCCUACGUCCGAUCUCGCUGCCCCUGUAGAACAAUCAAUGGAAUUCUAG